AUGAUUCGUUGGGCAAGUGUACUUUGCAAAUCAUUGAAAACGACUCCUUCUUCGUUCCCUCUCAAUUUCGUUCCAUUUUCUGCCUACAAAACCUGCAUCAAUCGCUUGCUGUUGCCCAUCAUCACUUCUCCUAUUUUGGCCAGACUUUUUCGUGGGCCCUGCCAACCGUUCGAUGAAAUGCCUAGGAGAACUCAAAGCUUUUUCGCUUUUGGGUUUUUUGAUGUUCUUGAUCUUGUUGAGUUAUGUAAAGUGAAACCCGAUUUUAGAAACAUAGUCAAUGUUCAUGCCUUAGCAUUUAAGGUCGGUGUUCUCGGUCAUCUCCCCACUUCCACUUCUCUUAUUAUAGCUUAUACACGAGCAGGACAUUAUCCUUCUUCUUUGGCACUUUUUGGUGAGAUUUCUUGCAAAGAUGUGGUACUUUGGAAUGCAAUGAUGACAUGUACAAUCGAAAAUGGACAGUUUACAGAUGCAAUAAGCUUCUUUGUUCAAAUGCUACAUGAAGGAAUCAAGUUUGACUCUGUAACUCUAGUGAUUGCCAUUUCAGGAUUGUCAACUAUUACAAAUAGUUUGCUAUAUCUACAGGCUGUUCAUAGUUUAGGCCUAAAGCUAGGUUUACUUUCUUACCCUGAUUUAUGCAAUGCUCUUAUCAAUGCACAUGCUAAAUCUGGUGAUUUGGAGUCCUCAGAGAGCAUAUUUAUGGAUUCCAAAGUGAAAGACAAAUUUUCAUGGAACUCUAUGAUUACUGGUUGUUUAAGAAACCAUCAUCCUGAAAAAUCUUUAUGGUAUUUCAAGAACAUGGUUUCUAGUGGAACACAAGUUGAUGAUGUCAGUUUAUCAUGUGCUAUUGCAGCUUCAAAUUCUUUGCUAAAUCUUCAUAAUAUUGGUAAGACUCUUCAUGGGAUUGGAAUAAAACUUGGAUUAGAUGAAACCCCUCAUGUUUCUGUCCAAAAUGCCCUUGUUUCAUUGUACUCAAAAUGUGGAGAUAUUGAUGCUGCUGAGACUCUGUUUAGAGGGAUUUAUGAUAAGGAUUUGGUUUCUUGGAAUACAAUGAUUCAAGGGUUUGCUUCAAAUGGAAUGAUUGUUGAAGCAUUUCAUCUUUUGAGUGAAAUGCAAUUUAUAAAAUCUUCUAUCCAACCGGAUACAGUGACAAUACUUUCUGUGCUUUCAUUAUGUGCAGAAUCAUUGCUUUUAAGAGAAGGGAAAACCAUUCAUGGAUUCUUUAUAAAAAGAUUACCCAGAUUUGACCUAAUAUUGAAUAAUAGUCUUAUGAACAUGUAUUCCAAAUGCAACCAAAUAGACAAAGCUGAAAAUUUGUUCAUGUCUAUAAAAGAUAAAGAUUUGGUUUCUUGGAAUACAAUGAUAUCCGGAUACAUCCAAAAUGGGAAUUCAAGAUUUGCUCAAAUCCUAUUCAAGAAACUAUUGUAUCAAUGUUUGGAAUGCAGUUUAUCAACUGUUCUAGCAAUCCUUUCUUCUUGUGAUUCACCCGAAUUUCUUAAAUUUGGGGAAUCUUUACACAGUUGGGAGUUGAAAUUAGGGUUCUCGAACAAUAUCCACGCGAUUAACUCCUUAAUCUUCAUGUACACCAAUUGUGGAGACUUGAAAGCUUCUUAUAAAUUAUUACAAAGUGUUUCAAAAGUUGUAGACACCACAUGUUGGAAUGCCAUGAUCACAGGUUGCACACAAAACGGAUACUUUCUAGAAGCUUUAAAAACUUUCAACUUAAUGAGACAAGAAACAUACACAAAACCCGAUUCCGUUACCCUCGUAAGCGUCAUAUCCGCUUCCAGAACCCUGGAAUCGGUGAUUCCGGGGAAACUAGCUCACGGAAUCGCGCAUAAAACUUGGUUUGAUCGAGACGUUCGUGUACAAAAUGUGUUGAUCACAAUGUAUGGAAAAUUCGGGGAUGUUGAGAGUGCGAGUUUAGUGUUUGACUUGUGUGUUGACCGGAAUCUUUGUUCAUGGAAUUGCAUGAUCUCGGUUCUUUCUCAAAACAAGGAGGCGAAAACCGCGUUACGUUUGUUUAAAAACAUGGAUUUUGAACCUGAUGAGAUCACAAUCGUGACUAUGUUAUCAUCAUGUACACAUUUAGGAACAAUCAGAUAUGGAAAACAAAUCCAUGGAUAUAUUUUAAGAUCAAAUUUUCACAAAAACAGUUUCAUAAACGCUGCACUUAUCGACAUGUAUAGCAAUUGCGGGAGGCUCGACAUUUCCAUCAUCAUAUUCGGUUCUUCAUCGGAAAAGACAAUUGCAAGUUGGAAUUCAAUGAUUUCUGCAUACGGGUUUCAUAGUGAAGGUCGUAAGGCAAUUGAGGUGUUCAACGAAAUGAUAAUGACCAAAACACCCCCGACAAAAACGAGUUUUAUAAACUUGCUAUCGGCUUGUGGUCAUUCAGGGUUGGUGGAAGAAGGGAUUGGGUAUUAUAAUUGUAUGUUGGAUGAAUAUGGUGUGGAACGGGUUACAGAGCAUAAUGUUUGUGUGGUGGAUAUGUUGGGUAGAUGUGGGAGGUUGAGUGAGGCUUAUGAGUUUAUAGAGAAGAUGGUGUUGAGAGAUGAAGGUGUUUUGGGGGCGAUGUUGAGUUGGUGUGGUUAUUAUGGGGAUGUUGAAAUGGGGAAGAAAGUAGGUGAGAUUCUUUUUUAUUUGGAACCUAGAAAAGCAGGGUACUAUGUUUGUUUAGCGAAUGCUUAUGUUGGUGUUGGAAGUUGGAGUGAUGCUGUGAAGUUGAGAAAGUGUGUGGAAGAUAUGAGGUUGAAGAAACAAGGAGGUUAUAGUUUAGUUGAUAUCGGUUUGUAA